AGUCUACAAAUGUUGACACACAUAUCGUCGAAAGGCGCUAUCAGCCAUGGCUAUCAGACCAGCUCGGGCAAUUUCCGAUUUCUUACUCAGUUGCGAAUGGAAACUCGAGGAAUGAUGGUCAAGCUACUCCUGAUUUGCCUGGUACUCUGGAGUGCUCUUCUCUUGGAGGCCUCUCCUUUGGGUAACCAAAAUAUCCUGGAGAUCGGUGGAAAGCAAUACUACAUUUCCUUGGCAAAGACCAACUGGUUCGAGGCAACAAACCACUGCCGUCAGAAGGGCGGAUUUCUGGUCAACUUGGAGAGCAGGGAGGAACUGGAGCUUCUAAGCCCCCACCUCCACCCAGCCUACAGCUAUUGGCUAUCCAUCAAUGACCUCGGCGUUCGAGGCGUAUACGCGUCGCAGGCCACUGGUCUAGAGGCUCCAUUUCUCAACUGGUCCGCCGGAGAGCCGGACAACAGCAGUGGCCACGAUCGAUGUGUCGAGCUUUGGUUAUCAACAACCUCCUUCAAGAUGAACGACCUGCCAUGCCAAAACGCAGUCGCCUUUAUUUGUCAGCUUAACUAGUAUAAAAAUCGGAACUUCCAGCGAAACAACAUGUUUUCUAUGUUUCUUAAUGUUGAAAUAAUAAAGCUGCAAUUUUUCUUACUGGCAUUUAAAAAACA